UCGGCGCUUUACGACUUCAUCAAGGAGUACCUAAUCCCUACGGUGGGAGAUUUCCAACUCUUUCUUUCCUCCCUCUCCACCAAAUCGUGCUCGGAGAACCCCUCCUGUUUUGUCGCUAAACAUUGCCUCCACUUCUUUUUCCUCUCCCCUUCAGAUACAACACCCCCGAAGGUUAAUAUCCCGAACAAUUCUACAACCACUCUUGUUGAGGCCAACCUGGUUCCGAUGACUAAGGUCCAUCUCACUUUACCGUCAGGUCCACCAAAGGCCGCAGAUGUUUUCACUUAA